AAAUAUGAUCAUUCCGAUUUUCAUAUUUAUCCCUUCCAAAUUCGGUCACGAAUCAAAUUCACCCUACAAGCAGAAACAGAAUGAGAAAGCCAAGGAGAGAAUUAAUGUUAAAAAGAUAGCGGAAUUACAUGGGCCAUGUCCCAUGAACUAUUUAUUUCCAAUGAUCCCAGUAGUGGAAGUCUUUCCAUCCAUAUCAAUGUGUGCAUGUGUCUGCGAAAGAAAGGGGGAGGACAGAGGCAAAGCAGCAGAAUGCCAGGUCCAGAAUCUUCUCCACUACAAAAGAUACAAUUGCUAACUCGCUAGAUUCUUCUGCUCCUUCAAACCCCCACCCCCCUCUGUGUGGUUCCAUCAACUUGCCCAUCUUCCCCUCUCUUUCCCCACUCGCCCUCCCAACUUCAGCUGUCUCCUCCCGGUUUCCUUUCGUUUAAUUGUUUAACAUGGCACGCUUUCCGUAAAUCUCGCUCUGCCAUCUGAUCAUCAUCUGGAAUCGGUUAAUAUGUCCAAACCCGCGGAUGGGAAACAACAGGAGCUUACAGUGUGGUACUUCCAUUGGCUGUCACGUUAUGGUAGUUGAACCUUGAACCAGUCUUCCUCCUUUUCUGCUCUCUCUCUCUCUCUCGACAGCCGCGCAGAAUUCCCUCCCACCUCCAUCAACCUCAGUAAUAUAGUAGACAAAUAGAAGAGGAGACUCCUCUCCCUCGAACUCCAAUCCCCUUCUUGCAGGAACUUGGUAGAAAGAGAAUGGAAGGACGACUUAGAAGAUAUGGAAACCAAACUAGUCCAGAGAGAACCAAAGUUUGGGUGGAGCCACCACCAAAACACCACCACCAGCACCAACACCAACAGCAGCAGCAGCAGCAGCAGCAGCAGCAGCAGGGUAGAAAGAUCCCGGUGGUGUAUUAUCUUUGCCGGAACCGCCACCUUGAGCACCCCCACUUCAUUGAAGUUCCUGUCUCCUCUCUCGAAGGUCUCUACCUCAGAGAUGUGAUCAAUAGGCUGAAUGUGCUAAGAGGAAAACGAAUGGCUUCCAUGUAUUCAUGGUCUUGCAAGAGGAGUUACAAGAAUGGAUUUGUGUGGCACGACCUCUCGGAGGACGAUCUGGUACUCCCGGGCCAGAACAAUGAGUAUGUCCUCAAGGGCUCCGAGCUCCUGGAUCAGUCCCCUCCAGAUCGGCACCACCGCGGCAUUGGCGACCCGAAGGUGCAGAACCAGAAGCACCCUCAGCAAGAAUCCCCCACCUCUUAUAGAACCCACGAAGCCUCCUCCUCUUCCUCCUCUCCCCCCACAGUGGUCAAGGAGGCGAAGCUUUCCCAGUACCCGCGGAUGCCGCCGCCCCUACAAGAAGGCGAGCUGUCGCCUGCCAGGCCGGGCUCCUCCGGGAACCUCUCCCCGGAUCCCGGCGGCAGAAUUACCCCUUCGUCGGAGAUGGGCUCCCCGAGCCUCGCCGAGUACCGGAUCUUCAAGCCAAUUGGAGCUCAGGAUGCUGCCACCCAAACCGAUGACAAUGGUGGAGGGAAGGCCCGUCGACCGAAUACCCGCACCGCCGGCGUCUCCACGGAGGAUGUCUCAUUUGGUGCUGAACUCGAUGGGAUUGGCGGCCACCGUCAUAACCGGAGCCCGCGGUCUAAGGAGAGGUUGGAGAUCGGCAGAGAUGAGAUUUCACCGCCGCUGACCUCGUCCGUCGCUUCUUCUUUAGGCGGGAAGAUGGAUACAUUGGAGAAUUUAAUAAGGGCUGAAGCAGCUACCAGGAUGAAAAGUUUUAGGAUAAUUGAAGACGAGGAAGUGCUUGCUCCCAUGAGGGCGAAGCUCAAGGCGACGAAUUUGUUGAUGCAGCUGAUCUCGUGCGGGUCGAUCUCUGUGAAGGGCCACCACCACAGCUUCGGUUUCGUGCCGACAUACCGGCCGAGGUUCACUCAAGCUAACUUCACCUUGCCGAUGUUUUCCAAUCCAAUGGUGCUGGGAGAGCUCGACUGCCGGUCAGACAAUUCGAGGGCGCCGGGGCUGCGGCUGGAAGAGAAGGAGUACUUUGGCAGGACCUUGAUUGAAGAUAAGAAGCACAAGGAGGAAAUGGGAGCUUCUUCCUCUGAUGAGGACAGGAGCUGCAAGACACCUGAUUCAGAGAGGGACAAAGAAAACAUAGCGGAUUCAAAACUUUCAAAAUGCCUCCCACGGACAAUCAAAAUCACAUCCUACAAGCAGUCCAGGAAUGAAAGAAUGGCAUCGCCUAUUUCGGAUGCAAGCAAUUCUUCAGCUGGGCCAGACUGCAGCAAACCCUCUCCUCUCAACUCAUCGAAAGUUGGAAGUAGAAUGAUCACUGAUACUUCCCCAGUCAAAGGAUCGUCUAUGAGGUUAGAAUCUUUCAAAGAUGAAAAGGAGAAGGUGAUCAAGAUUGAAGAAAGGCUUAAUUCUGGAGCUCGGGUUAUAAUUCAAUCUAGAUCUCUACGUGAAGAUAGUGAAGAUAGCUCUGGUUCACUAUAAGGAGCCAGUAUUUUUAUAUAUAUAUCACAAUUCUCAUUUCUUUGUCUACUGCUAUCUUCACAACUGACCAUGGAAUGGGGUUUGUUUGUAAUUUCUGAAAUAGCUGUGAGUGUCGUUUCAUUCAAUUUAUGACUUAUUUUGGUAGUUUUGGGUCAUUUUCUUCCUACAACCUUUACUACCUCAUCAAUUACCUGCCCACAAGGCAAUGGCAUUGUUUCAUUAGUCAUUUAUUGGUUUUAAGAUUCCUUCCAAGUGUAAAGGUCCUUUAUUUGGCAAUCAAUAUACUUCUGUUCAGUUUAAUGGGUAAGCUGGAUUCUUUAUUGGUUUUA